GUUUAUAUAUCAUAUAACUAUAAUUUCUUUUAUAUGUAAAAAACCUAUUUAUAAAAGACUUUAAAUAUUUUCAAAUUUUUUUUUUUUUUUAAUUAGAAUUUUCUUUUUUGCAACAAAGUAGUAGGUAUGAGAAAGGGACACGCAGGUCCUCAGCUAUGGUUAUAAGUAUAAAGAAAAGUCGAUUUUGAUUUUGUUAGCCACACAGGGCAUAAACAGGAAUGGGGACACACAGGUCUUAUAAGAUAUAUCAGAGCCAUAAAUUAACAUAUCUGUUAAAUCAGGUAAACCUUGUAAAUAGUGAGAACCCUGGAGUCCUGAGAGGGCGGAAGUAAACUGGAAAUGUAUAAACAUCAUUCACCCAAAAAUCAUCAUAAUGUAGAAGGCCGAGGGACAGGGGACAUCCUCAGCUCCCUCUUACAUAGGUGCAAUAAGUGAAACGUAAAUAAUUUAGGGAUCAAACAAACUCUAUCCCAUGGAGCCAAUAUUAUGUAAUGUAGGAACACUUUAAUGUUUGUAGGGUUUUUUGUUUUUUUCUUAAAGAGCUGUGCCCCGAAACCUUGGGUUCACACUGCCGUCCGGUGGCCCGAGACCCCCUCUCAUUAUAAAUGUCUUUUAUCUCACAGGAUUCAGGAUGGAGACAAUCAGGAGACUGUGUUUUUACUGGGCGGCAAUGAUCAAUGUAUCCACCUUUACAAAGAGGUAACAUAUUGUUUAUAUAGAUAAUGUAUUGAAAACCUUAUAACAAAAUAAUUAAAUAUAUCAAAAUAAUAAGAAAUGCAAGCCUUUUACUUAAAGGGUCUUGAACAGGGACCUUCUCAGCCUAAUAUGGCCUAUAGGGCAACUAGGAAGAAGGACCCCCCUUUGCAGAUUAAACUGCAAAAAUAGUGUUCAAUUACCUGAAAUCCAGCGCAGGGUGAACCUGCUGCUUUCCAUACCUCCAUCUGACGUCGCAUAAGUUCACACAGAGAUGCCAAUGUCACAUGUGCUGGGGUGUAACAAGCCUCUAGCACACAACUAACCACGGCCGCUUCCAGUAUAGACGCAGAAUAAAAUAGAGAGUAAGCGCUAGAUAACAAAAAAUGGGGCAGCAACCCUGUAACGGAUCACCUGGCACCCCGACUGGGUACCUCCAUUGAAGGAUGCUCCUAGCGCUUCCUGAGGACUCCAAGCACUGCAGCAGACACCAUAACCACCGUGGACUCCUUCAGAGAGCAGAACAGGAACAAGCUCUUACAAGAGCUUAGUAGUGAAUAUAGCAAGAGAGUAUGCAGAGCAUCACAAUCCCUUGUAGCAGGUUCCCCCAAUAAGAGACGGCACUCCAAAUUGAGGAUAAAGUAGAACUGACUGUACUGACACAUACAGCCUCUUUUAUUCACAUUCUACAAACCUAGUACUGCCCACAGGGUUUUGCAGAACAACCAAUCAAUACGUACAAUACACUCAGACACUCACACACAAAAUCCUCCCCUCUGCCUGUGAAAUAAUUACUGAACACAAUGGUCUAACAUAUUUAUCACAGGCAGGAAAAUACAGUUUUACACAAUAUUCAUAACUCUAAAAGUAUACAUCACAUUCACAUAAAAACUUACAUUUUCAGAAUCAGCAUACUCCAAGUACCAACAUAAGUCAAAAUCAUACAAAUUGGUCCAGUGGGUCAAAAGGUAGAUCAACGUCCUUUGUGACCAAAUGAAGCAUGGCUUUUCUGCCCAAAACCAGUUCCACAGAGUCUUCUAUCCUGGAGAUAAUUGGGAAGUAAUCCAAUUAUCUCCAAGGACAGAGGCAAAACUCCAUUAGCCACAUGGUAGCAAAAUACAAUAAAAUACAUAAAAAAAAUAUAACUGUGCAGCUAUUGCAUAAAUCGGGUACAUUCAACAUAUCCCCAGAUAGCUUAGAUCUGAGCGCACAUUAUUACUGAAUGGCGCUCAGAUUACAUACAUACAGUUCAAUUGCCAUGGAGCCAAAGUCUUUCACAUAGUCUUUAGUUAUACGAAUGGGCUCCAUGGCAUAGCUAUCUGGGGUAACACUGCUCACAUAAGGAAAGUACUGAAUGACCCGGAUUUCAGGUCUUUGCAGGGGAAAAUCAAGCAUUUCAACAUGGGGCCAUAGUCACAGGGCAGGAGGCUCGCAAUCAGUCUUCUCCAAUGUCCAGUGUCGAGGCUGGUUUUGCCACAAACCCUUUAAGGGAAUCCCUCAAGAACCCUUAGAAUACAACAGAAAAUAAAAACAGAGAUAAGGGCUGCGCCAAAUGGCGUCCGCUUCCCGUAUAUACGCAGCCAUAACGGCCGCUUCCUGUAUAUAUGCAGCCAUACCGGCCGCUUCCAGUAUAUACGCAGCCAUACCGCAGCUGCUAUCGGUUUAUACGCAGCCAUACCGCCGCCGCUAUCUGUUUAUACGCAGCCAUACCGCGGCCGCUAUCUGUUUAUACGCAGCCAUACCGCGGCCGCUAUCUGUUUAUAUGCAGCCAUACCGCGGUCGCUAUCGGUUUAUACGCUGCCAUACCGCGGUCGCUAUCGGUUUAUACGCAGCUAUACCGCUGCCGAUAUCGGUUUAUACGCUGCCAUACCGCGGCCGCAAUCGGUUUAUACGCAGCCAUACCGCCGCCGCUAUCUGUUUAUACGCAGCCAUACCGCGGCCGCUAUCUGUUUAUACGCAGCCAUACCGCGGCCGCUAUCUGUUUAUAUGCAGCCAUACCGCGGUCGCUAUCGGUUUAUACGCUGCCAUACCGCGGUCGCUAUCGGUUUAUACGCAGCUAUACCGCUGCCGAUAUCGGUUUAUACGCUGCCAUACCGCGGCCGCAAUCGGUUUAUACGCAGCCAUACCGCCGCCGCUAUCUGUUUAUACGCAGCCAUACCGCGGCCGCUAUCUGUUUAUACGCAGCCAUACCGCGGCCGCUAUCUGUUUAUAUGCAGCCAUACCGCGGUCGCUAUCGGUUUAUACGCUGCCAUACCGCGGUCGCUAUCGGUUUAUACGCAGCUAUACCGCUGCCGAUAUCGGUUUAUACGCUGCCAUAACGCGGCUGCUAUCGGUUUAUACGCAGCUAUACCGCGGCCGCUAUUGGUUUAUACGCAGCCAUACCGGGGCCGCUAUUGGUUUAUACGCAGCCAUACCGCGGCCGCUAUUGGUUUAUACGCGGCCGCUAUCUGUUUUAUACGCAGCCAUACCGCGGCCGCAAUCGGUUUAUACGCAGCCAUAUCACGCCCGCUAUUGGUUUAUACGCAGCCAUACCGCGGCUGCUAUUGGUUUAUACGCAGCCAUACCACGGCCGCUGUUGGUUUAUACGCGGCUGCUAUCUGUUUUAUACGCAGCCAUACCGCGGCCGCUGUUGGUUUAUACGCGGCCGCUAUCUGUUUUAUACGCAGCCAUACCGCGGCCGCUAUCGGUUUAUACGCAGCCAUAUCACGACCGCUAUUGGUUUAUACGCAGCCAUACCGCGGCCGCUAUUGGUUUAUACGCAGCCAUACCGCGGCCGCUAUCUGUUUUAUACGCAGCCAUACCGCGGCCGCUGUUGGUUUAUACGUGGCCGCUAUCUGUUUUAUACGCAGCCAUACCGCGGCCGCAUGCGGUUUAUACGCAGCCAUACCGCGGCCGCUAUCGGUUUAUACGGAGCCAUACCGCGGCCUCUAUCGCUAUAUACGCAGCCAUACCGCGGCCUCUAUCGCUAUAUACGCAGCAAUACCGCGGCAUCUAUCGCUAUAUACGCAGCCAUACCGCGGCCUCUAUCGCUAUAUACGCAGCCAUACCGCGGCCGCUAUCGGUUUAUACGCAGCCAUACCGCGGCCGCAAUCGGUUUAUACGCAGCCAUACCGCGGCCGCUAUCGGUUUAUACGGAGCCAUACCGCGGCCUCUAUCGCUAUAUACGCAGCCAUACCGCGGCCUCUAUCGCUAUAUACGCAGCAAUACCGCGGCCUCUAUCGCUAUAUACGCAGCCAUACCGCGGCCUCUAUCGCUAUAUACGCAGCCAUACCGCGGCCGCUAUCGGUUUAUACGCAGCCAUACCGCGGCCGCUAUCGGUUUAUACGCAGCCAUACCGCGGCCGCUAUCGGUUUAUACGCAGCCAUACCGCGGCCGCUAUCGGUUUAUACGCAGCCAUACCGCGGCCGCUAUCGGUUUAUACGCAGCCAUACCGCGGCCGCUAUCGGUUUAUACGCAGCCAUACCGCGGCCGCUAUCGGUUUAGUUCAGAGCUUUCAGAUGUGCACAGUGUCUCCUAAGCCAGAGAGUGGAGGAGAGAGUUAUCUGUCCGCAUUGUGUGUGAUGUGUCAAUGCUGCAACGUAUACGGGAAGUACAAUUCUGAGCCACGGCGGGUUUAUAGAUGUGUACAUUUAAAGUUGCAGUCAUUAAUAUCCAGUUUUGGCAGGAAUUCCCAGUAUUGGUGAAUAAGCCCCAUUAUGUGACAUACGAAUAACGCUUUUAGAGCAAGUACACACUUAUUUUAUCACGUAUUCGUUAACCUUGUUUGUUGGUUUUCUUUUGCUAAACUUGUUCACUGUUAUAGUACUAAUUAUGUAAACUAUGGCCACCCACAGAACGAGGGUCUGCACCAGUUUGAAGAGCAAUCCGUGGAAAAUCUAUUCCCAGAGCUGAAAGAUCUCCCAAGCAAGUAAGAUUAACUUAUCUCUCAAUACCCAAUCCAUCCCAUGUUCUAUGACCCCCAAACCCAGAUCCAAGCCUGAUUCUCCACUCCAUGUUAUGACCCCCGAACCCAGAUCCAAGCCUGUUUCUCCAUCCCAUCUUCUAUGACCCCCGAAUCCAGAUCCAAGCCUGAUUCUCCACCCCAUGUUAUGACCCCCGAACCCAGAUCCAAGCCUGAGUCUCCAUCCCAUGUUAUAUGACCCCCAAAUCCAGAUCCAAGCCCUAUUCUCCACCCCAUGUUAUAUUAUAUGACCUCCCCAAUUCUGAUCAAGCUCUGUAGACUUUAUCCAACAAUAUAUAUCUCACAAAUCCCGAUCCACGCCCAAUGCUCUGUCCCACCUUAUAUAACACCCACACCUCUGUAUGUUGCAGUGUUACAUGGCUCAGUGUUUACAAUAUCCCAGACACGCAGCGUCGUGUUACCGCCUAUGGCUGUCAGAGUGGAUACAUCUGCGUUGCCCACGUGGACCAGGGUCAGAGAGGUGAGGUACUUCUCUGCACGUGGCAUUAAUAAAACAUAGCACCAUAACCACUAAGGCCUGCUGUAGUAAGUUACAUUUUAAGGAGUGACCUGGUGUCUCCUCAAUGUAAGGCUGCUUUGUGCCUCUCCUUUACUGAUGUGGAAAGCUGGAAUCUCCUGCUGUGAGCUUCUGCUAACUUAUCUGAACUAGGUCCAGCUUUUUGGCUGAGCGUCAGCAAAUGGCUCCCCGACAAUGAGCUAAUCUCCGCACUGCCAGGUGUAGUGCAGGCAGAGAGCUUCCUGAUCUAAAGCUGCAGAGAAGAAAGGAAUGGGGCCAGGCGGACCCCAGAUAAAAAAAAAAAUCAAACCACCGGCUAAGUUGGACUCCUUACAAGGUGGGGGGAGGGGUGGCAGGCACAUUAUAGUAGUUAUGGUGCUUUAAUAUGCCUGGGUUUAUCUCUUCAGUGGUUUUGCAGAGCUGGUCGUUACAGCAGGAUGGACCACUAUCUAAAGUCCUGAUCUUCAGCAUGCCCAGUGCCCAUGGCCAAGGAGGGGAGGAGUGUUUGGAGGAAGGUGAGAGUACAGUCAUGGGGAAUUUAUAGUGUCAUGAUUUUUAAUUUGUUACUUAUUCUGUGUUUUUCAUCUAUAGGUUUUCCUGAAAGACAGAACUUCAAAGAUGAAUACAAUAUUCUGGUAACUAGCACCAUCGAGCUGUCUGUAGUAUACAGGUCAGUCAUCUUCUCUGUCUGUCCCAUUUAGGGAAUAAAUGAUUUUAUUUGUUUUUUUUAUUUACUGUCCCAUUGCAGGCUGACACAGACAGAAGGCACUAUGGGACACAGUCUGUCCCUCCCAUUGCAGGGUAACACAGACAGAAGGAGCUAUGGGACACGGAGUCUGUCCCUCCCACUGCAGGGUAACACAAACAGAAGGAGCUAUGGGACACGGAGUCUGUCCCUCCCACUGCAGGGUGACACAGACAGAAGGAGCUAUGGGACACAGUGUGUCCCUCCCACUGCAGGGUGACACAGACAGAAGGGAGCUAUGGGACACUGAGACUGUCCCUCCCACUGCUGGGUGACACAGACAGAAGGAGCUAUGGGACACGGAGUCUGUCCCUCCCACUGCAGGGUGACACAGACAGAAGGAGCUAUGGGACACAGUCUGUCCCUCCCACUGCAGGGUGACACAGACAGAAGGGAGCUAUGGGACACUGAGACUGUCCCUCCCACUGCAGGGUGACACAGACAGAAGGAGCUAUGGGACACAGAGUCUGUCCCUCCCACUGCAGUGUGACACAGACAGAAGGAGCUAUGGGACACAGAGUCUGUCCCUCCCACUGCAGGGUGACACAGACAGAAGGAGCUAUGGGACACAGAGUCUGUCCCUCCCACUGCAGGGUGACACAGACAGAAGGAGCUAUGGGACACGGAGUCUGUCCCUCCCACUGCAGGGUGACACAGACAGAAGGAGCUAUGGGACACACAGUCUGUCCCUCCCACUGCAGGGUGACACAGACAGAAGGAGCUAUGGGACACAGAGUCUGUCCCUCCCACUUCAGGGUGACACAGACAGAAGGAGCUAUGGGACACAGUGUGUCCCUCCCACUGCAGGGUAGCACAGACAGAAGGAGCUAUGGGACACGGAGUCUGUCCCUCCCACUGCAGGGUGACACAGACAGAAGGAGCUAUGGGACAUGGAGUCUGUCCCUCCCACUGCAGGGUGACACAGACAGAAGGAGCUAUGGGACACAGAGUCUGUCCCUCCCACUGCAGGGUGACACAGACAGAAGGAGCUAUGGGACACAGUGUGUCCCUCCCACUGCAGGGUAGCACAGACAGAAGGAGCUAUGGGACACGGAGUCUGUCCCUCCCACUGCAGAGUGACACAGACAGAAGGAGCUAUGGGACACGGAGUCUGUCCCUCCCACUGCAGGGUGACACAGACAGAAGGAGCUAUGGGACACACAGUCUGUCCCUCCCACUGCAGGGUGACACAGACAGAAAGAGCUAUGGGACAUGGAGUCUGUCCCUCCCACUGCAGGGUGACACAGACAGAAGGAGCUAUGGGACACACAGUCUGUCCCUCCCACUGCUGGGUGACACAGACAGAAGGAGCUAUGGCACACAGAGUCUGUCCCUCCCACUGCCGAUUGAUCUGGUGUUUUUGAUUCUAUCUCAGAAACGUCUUACAUAAUGGUCUGCAGGAUCAGUUACUUUUGCCGGACAGUGAUAAGUUUGACAGCGUUCUGUGUGCAGUGACGGCUGAUGUAGAUUUUGAUGGUGAGCUGGAAAUCCUGUUGGGGACCUACGGACAGGUAAAUCCAAUAAGCAAGCCAACGUAUUCUGUAGAAAGCUGAAACAAGUAAGAUGGACACAGAGCACUCAUAUUAUCUGCCCUUUAUUCUCAAAUGCCAGCAGUCUUCCAUUCUGUGUAAUUACCUUCCUACCCUCACACCAAGUGCACAUCCUCACGCUCUCUUUACUCCUUAUCUAAUUAUUCUUCAUCGCUGCCACCAGGAGCUGCUGUGUUACAAGUACGUGGAAGGACCUGACCUGGGAGGUCAGUUCCAGCUACUUUGGCAAAGAAGUUUCCCCAGUCCACUGCUUUGCAUGGCACACGUGGAUCUCACAUGUGACGGACUGGGUGAGCUGGCCAUCAUCUGCUUAAAAGGACUUCAUAUCCUACAGGUAACAUCCUUCCAAGCCCUCGUUUUUAUUCCCACAUCAAUACUGAGAUUGAUUUAUCACUAACUGUAAUACACUCCGUACAGUGCAGCAUGACAUAUUCUCUCUCUCUCUCUCUCCGUACAGCGUAGCGUAACAUUCUCUCUCUAUACAGCGCAGAGCGUAACUUUCUCCAUCUCCGUACAGCGCAGCGCGGCUUUCUCCCUCUCCGUACAGCGCAGCGCGGCUUUCUCCAUCUCCGUACAGCGCGGCAUUCUCUCGCUCUCUCUCCCUCUCUCUCUCCGUACAGCGCAGUGUGACAUUCUCUCUCUCUCUCUCUCUCUCCCCCCCAAACAGCACAGCCUCACACAGACCGCACAAUGUUUCCUGCAACGCCUCCAGCACAAGAUCAAUACAUCAAAACGUUUGUGGCCAUCGGAGGAAGUGGAUGCAGAGUGGGCCCAGGAGGUGGCACAUGAAUGAGAACUGAUAAGUUCAUUGCUACACCUCCGAGUGUUGCUGGAGAAUAGGUCUCUUCCUCUGAGUUGAGAUGAGAAUGAAAAUAUUCUGGACACUUUCUGCAUUUUCCAUUUUCCAAUGAAUGAAUUUCAUGAUGUGGGAUGUAAAAGGAGCUGAAUAUUGAUGUACUUUUAAUAUAUGCGGAAAAAGAAUGUCCAGGACGGGUUCUUUCGGUUUGAAAUAUGCUGGAAAUGCUUGUGCAGUCACUAGCCAAUGAAAUGAGUAGCAGCUGUGCUAGAUUUGAGAUCAAUGCACCUUGAAUUGUGGUCCAGCGUUCAGAACCCAUCAUUUCAUGUUGUUACUGUGAGAAUCUGAAUAAAUUAUUGAGACUACAAAGCCCCAUAAUGACGAUGUAUGUGAUUCUAAGUUUAAUAAAUGUUAUUUUCAGUGUUGUGUGUUGGGAUUAUUUCUGCACAGCGCUGUUACCGGUUUUGUCCUACAGUAGAUAUUUCGGGUCCCAUCUAAGCCCC